AGCUCCGGGCCUGAACCCGCCCCCACCGGCUCUCAUUUCCCUAAAAAAAAAAAAAAGAGAGCGAGAGCGAGGGGGGAAAACCCUCCCAUCUCCUUCCACUUCUCUCCUUCCCCCUCCUUCCCGCUCCGCUUUUCCCUUCGGUCCCGAGGCGCGUCUGCCCGGGACUCGCCAGCCAGCAUGUCCGGGGCCAGGGCGUGCUGGCUGCUCCUGUCCUUCGCGGUGCUGGGACGAGCCCUGGACUUCCCCGAUUACACCUAUGAGCUGGAGGAAGAGGAAGACACUGAGCCCAUUGACUAUAAGGAUCCUUGCAAAGCUGCUGCCUUUCUGGGAGACAUAGCAUUGGACGAGGAGGAUCUCAGGUUAUUCCAAGUGGACCAACUCGUGGACCUCAAACGCCGCACCUUUGAGAAAACAGCCACCAACACCUCAGGAAUCAGCACCAACAGCACCAGCCUGAAGUUCAGGAGGCAGCAGAAGAGGCAAUGGAGGCGGGGCCAGGCUCAGUCUCGAAGCCGCCGUGCCGCCACUUCCCGUCAUGAGAGGGUGUGGCCGGAUGGGGUCAUUCCCUACGUGAUCAGCGGGAACUUCAGUGGCAGCCAGCGGGCAAUUUUCCGACAGGCCAUGCGCCACUGGGAGAAGCACACCUGCGUCACCUUCUUGGAGCGCAAUGCUGAGGAGAGCUACAUAGUGUUCACGCACAGGCCAUGUGGGUGCUGCUCCUAUGUGGGCCACAGAGGAGGGGGACCCCAGGCCAUCUCCAUUGGCAAAAACUGUGACAAGUUCGGCAUCGUGGUUCAUGAGCUGGGUCACGUCAUUGGCUUCUGGCACGAGCACACGCGCCCAGACCGGGAUGACCAUGUGUCCAUCGUCCGGGAGAAUAUCCAACCAGGGCAGGAGUAUAACUUCUUGAAGAUGGAGCCCGAAGAGGUGGAGUCCCUGGGCGAGACAUAUGAUUUCGACAGCAUCAUGCACUAUGCCAGGAACACCUUCUCCAGGGGGGUUUUUCUUGAUACCAUCAAGCCCAAAUACAAUGUGAAUGGGGUAGUGCCCCACAUCGGCCAGCGGACUCGGCUCAGCAAAGGGGACAUAGACCAGGCACGCAAGCUUUACAGAUGUCCAGCCUGUGGAGAGACCCUCCAGGACAGUCAGGGAAAUUUCUCCUCCCCAGAGUUCCCCAACGGAUACCCUGCACAUGUGCACUGCGUCUGGAGGAUAUCGGUCACCCCGGGAGAAAAGAUCAUCCUGAACUUCACGUCCAUGGAUCUGUACCGAAGCCGGCUGUGCUGGUAUGAUUACGUGGAGGUGAGAGACGGGUUCUGGAGAAAGGCCACACAGCGAGGUAGGUUCUGCGGGAAUAAGCUCCCCGAGCCCAUCAUCUCCACCGACAGCCGCCUCUGGAUUGAGUUCCGCAGCAGCAGCAACUGGGUCGGCAAAGGGUUCUUCGCUGUCUACGAAGCCAUCUGUGGGGGAGAAAUGAAGAAGGAUAACGGCCACAUCCAGUCUCCGAAUUACCCAGAUGAAUACCGGCCCAACAAAGUGUGCACCUGGAAGAUCACGAUCUCUGAGGGCUUCCAUGUGGGGCUCACCUUCCAGUCAUUCGAGAUCGAGCGGCACGACAGCUGUGCCUACGACUAUCUGGAGAUCCGGGAUGGCAGCAGUGAGUCGAGCAGCCUGAUCGGCCGGUACUGCGGCUACGACAAGCCCGACGACAUCAAGAGCACUUCCAACAAGCUGUGGAUGAAGUUUGUCUCGGACGGCUCCAUCAACAAGGCUGGCUUUGCCGUCAACUUCUUCAAAGAGGUAGACGAGUGCUCGCAGCCCAACAACGGCGGCUGUGAGCAGCGCUGCGUGAACACCCUAGGCAGCUACCGGUGUGCCUGUGACCCUGGCUACGAGCUAGCUUUGGACAAGCGCCGGUGUGAAGCUGCCUGUGGAGGCCUCCUCACCAGACUCAACGGCUCCAUCACCAGCCCUGGCUGGCCCAAGGAAUAUCCGCCCAACAAGGACUGUGUCUGGCAUCUUGUGGCGCCCUCCCAGUACCGCAUCUCACUGCAAUUCGAAUUCUUUGAGACUGAGGGGAAUGACCAGGUGUGCAAAUACGACUUUGUGGAGGUGCGCAGUGGGCUGUCAGCCGACUCCAAGCUGCACGGCAAGUUCUGCGGUGCCGAGAAGCCUGACGUCAUCACUUCCCAGUACAACAAUAUGAGGAUCGAGUUCAAAUCCGACAACACUGUCUCCAAGAAGGGCUUCAAAGCCCAUUUCUUCUCAGACAAAGAUGAAUGUUCGAAGGAUAAUGGAGGGUGCCAGCACGACUGCCUAAAUACUUUCGGCAGCUACCAGUGCCAAUGCCGCAGUGGCUUUGUGCUGCAUGACAACAACCACGAUUGCAAAGAAGCCGGCUGUGAUCACAAGGUGACGUCCAUCACUGGUACCAUCACCAGCCCUAACUGGCCUGAUAAGUACCCGAGCAAGAAAGAAUGCACCUGGGCAGUAACUACCACGCCUGGGCACCGCGUCAAACUGACCUUCACGGAGCUAGAUAUUGAGGGUCAUCAGGAAUGCACUUAUGACCACUUGGAGGUUUACAAUGGGAAAGAUGCCAAGGCUCCAGUCCUGGGCAGGUUCUGUGGGGCUAAGGAACCGGACCCCGUCAUCUCCACCAGCAACAAGAUGUUCCUCAAGUUCUUCUCUGAUAACUCCGUCCAGAAGAAGGGCUUCCAGGCCACCUAUUCAACAGUCUGUGGGGGCCAGAUGCGAGCUGAGGUGAAAACCAAGGACCUAUACUCACACGCUCAGUUCGGAGACAACAACUACCCUGGGGGCUCGGACUGCGAGUGGGUGAUUGUAGCGGAAGAAGGCUACGGGGUGGAGCUCAUCUUCCAGACCUUCGAGAUCGAGGAGGAGGCCGACUGUGGGUACGACUACAUGGAGCUCUUCGACGGCUAUGACGGGACAGCGCCACGCCUGGGGCGCUACUGCGGAUCUGGGCCCCCGGAAGAGGUCUCCUCCGCCGGCGAUUCGGUCAUGGUCAAGUUCCACUCGGACGACACCAUCAGCAAGAAGGGCUUCCACCUGCGGUUCACCAGCACCAAAUUUCAGGACACUCUGCACACAAGGAAAUGAGGCUCCACAGCCACCAGGACCCUCGCCACCCCACGCUGGAGGGACGGUUCUUUUCUGUAUAGAACAAAUACAUGUGCGGGGAGGUGGGGGGAACCAGACAGACUGGAUGGAGAAACACACAGUGAACCUCAGCACUGAGACACACUCACACAGAGGCUACGGCGCAGUCAGCUGCUGGCAUCGACCAGAUUGGGGGCGGGGGGUCUUAUCUCUUUAAAUAUCCAUUCCUGGGCCUCUUUUUGUUCUUUGAAGCAGGGCACCACCCAAGCCAGGAAAAAUGUUCUUCUUAACCACUUUGCAACUACCGUUGAUGAAUCGAUUGUAACCCCCAACUUCCCUAACCCCCCAACCCCCGAGAGGUAUCGCUUAAUGCAGGAAAGUCCAAGUUUAUGGCAGACGUUUUCCUUUAUAAACUUGACAAAGCAGGUAUCAGCUCAGCUCUCUGAAUGUACAAACCCCAUAGGAGUGAAGAGCCCAGCAAACACACAGAAGCUGCUGGCUAUCUGUUGUAACAAUGUAAUAAAAACUCUGUCUUGUAAGGAGAUGGCCAUCGGCCUCUUUAACUCUCAUCUGUUUGGGGUUUUGUUUCAGUGGUGCUUUUCUGAGAGACACCUAAUGUAUCGGAGUCCUUUUCCCCAAAUGUUCAUUCGUUCUUUUUAAAAGUCUGAUCUCCAGUUGGAGCGUUGUCCUCUUUCAUGAUACAUCAGUCGAUCUAGAGACAACCCCGAAAGCAAUUGCGGGAAGGAGCCAUGCGCUACCUCCGGCCCCAUUUGGAAAGUCUGUGUCUAAUAAACGGAAAGUGUUGCAAACAAAACCGCCUGGAGUCCUUGCUGGUGUGCGCCUGCUAUCCAGGUAUUCCCAUCUGGGCUCUCUUUUGGAUCCUUUUUGGAUCCUCUUUCAUCCUCUGCCAUCUGGUGGUUGUUUCCAGCGAUGCUGUCUCUUUCUGGGGUCCUGCUUUGCAGAAGCCAUUGUCUCAUUGGGUUCCAGCAGUGCUGGAUCCUUCUUGGGAGCGAUCCUAAUCUCUUGGAUACUAUACUCGUGCCUGCUCCCCAACUCUGCUGUUUCUUUCAGGGCUCCUGUGGUAGUGUUCUGCUCUCCAGAUGUUUCCAGCUGUGAUCUCUCUUUUGUGGAUCCUUUUCUGCAGCCUUCUGUAUCUCUUAAUCUUCCAUGGGUCUGAUUCUCCUUUCACACUCAUGUUAAUCUGGAGGAAUUCUAGUGGACUCAAUGAAAAGUCUCCACUAUAUGGUAAAUGAGAAGACUAAAAAAGGCCCUAUCCAUCUGGGGCUUGAGUCAGCAAAGCAAUUAAGGAGUUGCUUAAAGUUAAGCGAGUACUUAAAAUUGAUCAUAUUUAAUAAGUACUUUUUUAACGUGUUUUUAUAUUCAAAUAUCUUAUUCCCUCACCCCAUUUUGUAAGGGGAAUAGUAAGAAAAUAUUACAGAGCAAUUGAGAGAGACAAAAGAAACCCAUAAGGUAACAUGGGCAUUUACAUUCAGCAAAGAGCAGAGUCCUGGGUCUGAACCCUGGCAUGGCUGCAUCUCAAGUUUGCUAAUAUGAAAUGCUCAGUCGCUGGCUCAUUUUGCAGUAGGCACCAUACGUGCAAUGUGAACAAUGUUCACACAUAAGUGGGUCUCUCUGAACCAGAGAUGGGUCUAAACCCAAACUCCAGAGUGUCAGGAAAGCUCGGAGCCAGGCCUGAAUCGUGCAGUACAAGCCAGCUCUGAUUGCAACAGGCAUUCUGAAGCUGAGGAGCCUUUAACUGAGGCUUUAAACAGAUUUAUAGAGCUGGUCAAAUGCAUGUCAAUGGCAAAAUGCAGACACUUGGAUCAAAUUCUCCAUUCUCAACCCAAACUGUCUCCAGAGUCCUUGUGGACAGAGGAGUCACCAGCUUUGUCAUGGGUGUGCGGGAGCAGGGCCGGCUCCAGGCACCAGCUCAGCAAGCAGGUGCUUGGAGCGGCCAAGGGGAAGUGGCGGCAAGUCGGGCUCUUCGGCAGCAAU